AUGAAGUCUGUGCACUCCAGUCCCCAGAACACGAGUCAUACCAUCAUGACUUUUUACCCAACCAUGGAAGAAUUUACAGAUUUCAACAAAUAUGUUGCUUACAUGGAGUCCCAAGGCGCACACCGAGCUGGCCUCGCCAAGGUAAUUCCACCCAAGGAAUGGAAAGCCAGAAAGACUUACGAUGAUAUCGAAGACAUCUUAGUAGCCACUCCCCUCCAGCAGGUGACCUCUGGGCAGGGAGGUGUGUUUACUCAAUACCAUAAAAAGAAGAAAGCCAUGACCGUGAGGGAGUAUCGCCACUUGGCAAACAGUAAAAAAUAUCAGACUCCGCCACACCAGAAUUUUGCAGAUUUGGAGCAACAAUACUGGAAGAGCCACCCUGGUAAUCCACCAAUUUAUGGUGCUGAUAUCAGCGGCUCCUUAUUUGAAGAAAGCACUAAACAAUGGAACCUAGGACACCUGGGAACAAUUCUGGACCUGUUGGAGCAGGAAUGUGGGGUUGUUAUCGAGGGUGUCAACACACCCUACCUGUACUUUGGCAUGUGGAAGACCACGUUCGCUUGGCACACGGAGGACAUGGACCUUUACAGCAUCAACUACGUGCACUUUGGGGAGCCCAAAACUUGGUACGUGGUGCCCCCAGAACACGGUCAGCGCCUGGAACGCCUGGCCAGGGAGCUCUUCCCAGGCAAUUCCCGGGGCUGUGAGGGCUUCCUGCGGCACAAGGUGGCCCUCAUCUCACCUACAGUUCUCAAAAAGAAUGGGAUCCCCUUCAAUUGCAUGACUCAGCAGGCUGGGGAGUUCAUAGUAACCUUUCCCUAUGGCUACCAUGCUGGCUUCAACCAUGGUUUCAACUGCGCAGAGGCCAUCAACUUUGCCACUCCACGAUGGAUUGAUUAUGGCAAAGUGGCUUCACAGUGUAGCUGUGGGGAGGCGAGAGUGACCUUUUCCAUGGACGCCUUUGUGCGCAUCCUGCAACCAGAGAGCUAUGAGCUCUGGAAACACAGGCAAGACUUGACUGUUGUGGAUCACAUGGAGCCCAGGGUUGCAGAAAGCCAAGAGCCGAGCAACUGGAGGGAGGACAUAGCACUUAGGAGAGCUGCUCUGGGCCUGAGGCAUCUCCGGAACCACAGAACCAGCUGUCCCACACAGACUGUGGCCCCAGGGCUCUGUUUCAACCCAAAGGGCGGUAGUACCGACGCUGUGCCUGGACCUGCAAUCCAAACCCUGGAGACGUCAGCCUGGGUUCUUCCCCCUUCCACUGGAAGGUGGGGUCCUUGUCGCGGCUGUGGUCGUGGUCGAGGUCGUGGUAGAGGCCGUGGUCGUCGUCCUCGAGAACUGGAGACUGAGGAGACAACUGUUCAGUCUGCAGCUAAGAGGCGCCUCACAGUGGGGACAGGGAGCAGAGCUCCAGGCCGCAAACCUCAACUCCAGUUCUCUGACGAAGCUUUGACAGACAAACUCGCACCUUUGAGUGGUGGCCUUCCACAUUUUGCCAAGGCUUCUGGCUGCUGUUGUGCCCCUGAUCUUCAACCCCUGGGGCCCCCACUGGAUCCUGAUGAACCCAUGCACCCUGGCCCCUGCCUGCUAUCCCUCGACAGCACUGCUAGUAGUCUUCCUGAUGUUGUCCCCAUGAUUCCUCCCAGUGUCACUGUGCCUUUGAUUACAUUGUCCAGGGACACUGGUGGGGACUGGAAAUCCCCGGUGAACCUGGCCAAGAUUGCAGCAAUGGACCAUUCUUAUGCCUCUAGGGUUCCGGUCCCAACUAAGUUUUCCAGGAUCUCCUGCGCCCCUGACUCAUCUGCUGGGGCUAAAGCCAGACAGAGAUACACUACUGAUUUUGGAGAUAUUUUUCUCGAACGCAUGAUCAAUCCUCUGGACCCAUGGCUAUUGAAUAUAGUGUCAAAUGUCAAGUGA